CCCAGGGGGACUGCCAUGGAGUGUCAUUUCCUACCUGGACACAGAUGUGUCCUUUGCCGGGAAGGGACGGUGGGUGCCCCUCCGGCUGUGACAGGGCUCGCCCGGCAGCGGGGUGGCUCACCCAGCCGUGAGGGAGCCCAGGGGGAUGCUCCCCGCCACACGGGCUCUGCCCUGAGGGAKGGGCGCCGGGCCGGCCCUGCCGAGCCCCUCAGGCCGCGUCAAUCCCGCGGGCGCKGCGCGGGAACAGCUCUCGGCCGGCAGCGGAGAAAAGAGAACGAGAAAGGACCGGCAGCACCCGCCGCACUCACCCCUCGCGUGGCUGUGCCGUGGCUCCGCGGGGCGGGGAGAACCGGGGCCAGCGCCUCUUUCAGGCGUCAUCGGGCAGCGCCGCCGCCCCACGUGGGAGCCGCGAUGGCGCUGGGCCGGGCGCGGCCGGUGCUCGCCCUCCCGCUGCUGGUGCCGCGGCGGCCGGCGGGCAGCGGGACAGCGGCGGCGGGGAGCCCGCAGCCCCCCGGGGCCGUGGUGCGCGUCCCCUGGGCCCUGCGGCAGCGCCUGCAGCGGGGCGCGCAGCGCCGGCGGCGCGGGCAGGGGGAGGCGGCGGCGCCGCGCCCCGGGAAGCUGCUGCUGCGGAGCCGGCGGCCGGAGCUGAGCCAGCCCCGCUGGCAGACGGUGGGGCGCUGGGAACGACCGCCGCUGGUGUCGGCGGGCUGGAAGCACAGGAAGGCGUACGGGGAUUACUUCCAGCUMGAGCCCUCGCAGGAGGCGGCUCCCGCCCUGCAGGUGCCGCCGGCUGAGGCGCGACAGGGCCCGACCUUCGCCGAGCUGGGGCUGCAGCCGGCGCUGCUGGCCGGCCUGGAGCGGCUCUCCAUCGACCGGCCCACGGCCGUGCAGCGCCUCGCCAUCCCCGCGCUGCGCCGCGGCCGCAGUGCCCUGUGCGCCGCCGAGACGGGCAGCGGGAAGACUCUGGCGUACCUGCUGCCGCUGCUGGAGCGGCUGCUCGGCAGCCCCGAGGCGGCGGAGGAGGCGGCGGGGCCGGCGGCGCCCCGCGGGCUGGUGGUGCUGCCGUCUCGGGAGCUGGCGGCGCAGGUGCGCGGCCUGACGGGCGGCGGGGCCGCGGGCGGGCUGCGGAGGCAGCUGCGGGCACCUCCGCCGGGCCUCGCCGUGCUGCUGGGCACCCCCGGCGCGCUGCGGGAGGCGCUGCGGCGGCGCUUCCUGGCCCUGGAGAGGCUGCGCUGGAUGGUGCUGGACGAGGCGGACUCGCUGAUGGACGAGUCCUUCACGGGGCUGCUGGAGGAGAUCCUGGCACACGCGCCCCUGGCCGCCGGCGCUCCCGGGCCGGUCGGUCCCGACGAGGAAAGGACGCAGGUGGUGGUGGUCGGAGCCACCUUCCCCGCGGGGCUCAGCGAGACGCUGGCGAAGUUCACKGACGUGGGCCGGUUUGUCACCCUCAGUACCCAAAGCCUGCACCGCCUCCCGCCUCACGUCCAGCAGAAGUUUGUUCGUCUCAAAGGCCAGGACAAGCUGCCUGAGCUGCURCAGCUGCUCAAGGAGCGCCCAUCAUCUGCUGGGGCUGUUCUCAUCUUCUGCAACAGUGCCAGCACUGUCAACUGGUUGGGCUAUAUCCUGGACGACCACAAAAUCAAGCACCUGAGGCUGCAGGGACAGAUGUCRGCCGCUGCUAGAGCUGGCAUCUUUGCCUCUUUCCAGAAAGGUGAGGUGCCCGUCCUGGUCUGCACUGACCUUGCCUCUCGGGGGCUGGACACCAGCAGUGUGCAGCUGGUGGUCAACUAUGACUUCCCAGACACCCUGCAGGACUACCUGCACCGCGCAGGGAGAGUUGGCCGCGUUGGGAGCAAGGAGCCUGGAGCUGUGCUUAGUUUUGUCACCCAUCGGUGGGAUGUGGACCUGGUACGGAAAAUAGAGACKGCAGCCCGGAAAAGGACAGGUCUCCCAGGAAUGGACUCCUCCAUUAAUAAAUCUGCACCUAAAGGAGGUUGAUUCGGGUUUCCAGGCAGUCCCUGGUACAGGCUUACCUUGAAGUCAUUAWGGCACAACAAAUGAGCUGCUGUGUGUAAGGCUAAGUGAAAGAAUAGAGAGUUGAGUUUCGGAGCCAGGUGAUCAGGUGAACUUUGUKCACUGUUCUGGAAGCUGCAGUAGUCAUUUCCAUGGCCAUCACAACAUGUGGCUUUCCCAAAGGAAACUAGUAAGUGAGUUACAGGAUGCUCUUGGAGAACACUGAGGAAUUAUAUAAUCAGUUGGUUUGGUUUACUUAUUUUGAGACUUAAUAAUUUAAAUUUAAAUCAAAAUGAAAGUAUGCCUGUAAGAUACACAGCUCUGUUGCAUUUCAUUGCUGCCCACCACCAUCAGCUAAUAUUGGUUAUUAAAACUUAGGGUGGCAGGAAGAAAACCCUGAUACACCUUUGUCCGGUUACAGAUACAAGCAGAAAGACUAAAGAUCAAAUGAUACUUGGUUUACCUGUGAUGUAGCAGUUAAUUCAGAGAAUUCUAGACCUGUGAAGUUCAGUGGGAUGAGAAGGCACAGUAAUGCUUGAGGCUCUUUCAGGGCCUUAAUUUGUUACUUUAUGGUUACCUUUCACUGAGAAAUGGAAUCUUGCUCCUUCAUGCUGUAUUAAAUAAAAUUUUAAAAGCUCCUGCAUACUUUUUCUGCGUACUUUAGUGUCAUACCCAGUUUCUGACCCCAAACCCCAACCUCAACACACCAAAAGAUGACUUCUGUUAAAUGAAAAAUGUAUGUUGACUCAGAGGUUGUAGUGACUCUCAAGUAACAGAGUGAGUGCAGGAUUUCUUUUGAAAGUUGUGCCAUUGUCCUAUUCUGCUUCAAACCAAGAGAAUUGAAGUGARGCUGAGGUUAUUUCAAA